CGAGAUGCCCACCUCAGCAACACUUCUGCGUACGCUCAAAAGUCACUGUGAAGAAGUUGGCCAUUUCAAAUUGUCUCCGAAUGCGCAGCUACUAGCAUCUGCGGAUAAUCGAGACCUGAGACUUCGGGACGUCACCACCGGUGGGUUGGUUUUUGCGACAGACGCGCAUGGUGAAUUAAUCUUCAAUAUUGCUUUCUCGCCUGACAGCAAGCGAAUUGCGACAGUUGGCUCCGAAGGUUAUGCUCGGAUAUGGAAUACAGACUCCGCUCAAGAGCAGUGUGCCUUGAGUGUCGACGGUGAACCCAUGCUUGCGCUCGCCUUCUCUCCAGAUGGUAAGCUACUGGCAACAGCUUCGGAGGUCGUGAGAUUGUGGAAUCCGGACACUGGACUACUGCUGCAUACUCGACUUGGUCCAGGCGACCACAAUUUUCUUUCUCCUGAAGCUGUGUGGCACAGGGACGAAUACCCAAACGAAAUUGGUCAAGUAAGAUUCUCCCCCGAUGGCCAGACAUUGGUUUCUACAUGCCAUAGUACCAACACUACACGGCUCUAAAAUGUGCAGACCUGGAAGCUACAACGAACUAUCCAGGGCUACUCGGCCAGAUUUUCGCCCGACGGAAUGCAGUUGGCAUUUGUCGUCAACGGAUCUGCAGUUAUACAUCAGCUGACAAACGCACAAAUCAAGAGCAUCAUCAAUCUGGGUCCUCGACUGAGCCAAACCCCUGUUUUCUCGCCAGAUGGUCGAACUCUUGCUUCUUUUGGUCCAAAGGUAAGAUUGCUUUGUGGGACGCUGGAAGCGGGCAAUUGACACGAUUGCUGGAAGGACACGAGCGCAGGAUA